AUAUGGCGGAAUUUUGAAACGAAGCGAAACCAGCGUGCUUCAAAAAGACUCAAUUUUACAUCACAAUUUUGUACGUUUUUCUUUGAUUAAUACUACUUCAAGCAGAUUGCAUGAGCGGCAACUGUUCUGUAGUAUUCUGGAGCUGUUUUGGUAUCGGGUAAACCGUGUUUAUUUUGACAUUCUGCACUUGUUUGCUAACUGCCCGGUAUGUCUGGAUUUGGAGAUCUGUUACAACAAGCUGAGCAGCUGACAGCUGAUAUAGAGAGCGGAGGAGAAUUGCCAAGAAUUGAGAGGAAUCUUCAUCAACUUGCCGAAGCCGGGGAUAGGUUGUGGAAGAAGACUGCGGGUGGUGUCGGUGAAGAUGCUGAUGUCAGAGCAUCAAUCUUACUUGGAUCAAAAGGCUUCGAUCUUCCACGGUUGUCAGAAAAACUGGACAAUCUCAGCACGGCAAAAACAUUUGAGCCUCUUGAACCAAUCACAGAUACUGAUAUACAGGGUUUCCUGAGAAAUGAAAGAGAAAAUGCUAUUUUGGCUGCAAUUGAAGAAUCUAAAAAGAAUACGUUUGAUGAGGCAGAGAGAAAUCACUGGCGAUGUAUGGAGAACGAGUGGGAACAACAGAAAUUGAAAAUCCUAAAUUCUCUUUUGGGUUCAGAACAGGACUCCCUGGACUUCUCAAGUGCUGUUUUGGAUGGUACGUUGAAUCAGGUUGACUUGUCUCAGAGAAGUGGGUUAGACUUUGUUGAAAUGGCGUAUGCAAGGCAGAUUUAUAUGUAUAACGAAGCUGCGAUCCAGGGAAUUGAUUUCAAUAUUGUAGAAGGUUUUCAAAAUACCGCCGAUAAGUUCAAUGAUCAGCAUAUCAGAGAUUGCUGGACUCUCGUUGAUCAAAUGACGAGUCUUGAAACGCACAGUUCUGCAACAUCUUCCGAGGCAACCAGGUUCUCUACGGAGUCCCAAGCAUUUUUCAUACAAGAGGCAAGAUCAUUCUUAGAGAAGAGAUAUCAGAAAUAUAUCGAGCGUAUCGUUUACGGCAAUCUUCAGCAAGCGCAGUUGGGUGGCGUUCCUGGUGUGUUUUCGCUCGUCAAAAGUUUUCUGAAGCUACGACCUCUGGUUGCUUUAUCACACGAGCUUGAGGAUGGAGACGUUGACGGGGUUCCGUUUUGGCCAUUCCUUUAUUAUUGUAUCAGAUGUGGCGAUCUCAAUGCGGCCAUGCAGGUCGCUCAAAUGUCAGCACAUCAUACAACCAAGUUAAAAGAAUAUCUUGAAGAUUAUUCCCGGCGUGCAGACAAAAGGUUACAUCCUAGUUUGGAGGAAGAAUUACGCCUUCAAUAUCGGCGGUCUAUAAACAACGGCACUGAUCCAUUUAAAAGAGCUGUAUACACAGUCUUGGGACGUAUUUCUGACGCGGAGGAAUUGUCAGACGUUAUCACAAAAACGGAUGAUUAUUUAUGGCUGAAGUUAUGUCAGAUCGUGUCAACAGGCGAGAAGCGAGAUCACAGCACAUUAACCUUACAGAAUCUGCAAGUCUUGUUAUCAGAGGAAUAUGGUGAAGCAUAUUUCAAAGCGAUGGAGAACCCGCUGUUGUACUUUCAAGUUCUAAUGCUGUCCGCUCAGUUUGAACCGGCAAUCGAGUUUCUGUCUCGUAUCGAGGUCUACCGCAGUCACGCUGUGCAUUUUGCAAUCGUAAUGUAUUUACGGAACAUUCUCAUUCUUCCUGAAACUAUUCAAGCACAAUUAAUGACGAAAGAUUCCACUGAUGGCGGUGUUUACAGGCUGAACUUUGCCAGACUCAUCAAAUCCUACACGAGAAAGUUUGAGAUCACAGAUCCCAGAGAAGCUUUGCAAUACUUCUAUAUUUUGAGGAAGUUGAGAAGUCCAAAUGGGGAAAAUUUAUUCAGUAAAUGCGUCAGCGAGCUGGUACUGGAGACGAGAGAGUUUGAUGUGCUGUUGGGUCACAUGGACGCGGAUGGUACAAGGAAGUUGGGUUGUAUCGACAAGUUCCAAGGCGAAGUUGAGGAUAUUAUUGAAGUUGUGGCUAAAGACACUGAAGAGAAAGGUUUAUUUGAGGAGGCUGCGAGAUUGUAUGAUCUUGCUAAGAAUCAUGAAAAAACAGUCGAAGUUCUAAAUAAACUUCUUAGCCAGGUGGUCUCUGCUGCGCCCAGUCCUCAUUCCAACAGGGACAGGCUGAAGGAAUUGGCCUUUUCUGUUGCAGAAAGGUAUAAAAGUCAGGGAAACAACGCCUCUCGUUUUCGAACAAAUACAUUCUACCUUUUGUGUGAUCUCAUGCAGUUCUUUGACCUCUAUCAUCUUAAACAAAUCGACGAUGCUUUUGAGGUGAUGCGAAAGCUACAGUUGGUUCCACUGAGUGGUGAAAGUGUGGAUCAAAAGGUCUCAGCUUUCAGACAAUAUACAGACGAGAUUCGUAGAUGUCUUCCGGAUAUUUUGAUCGCAACGAUGUCAAUUUUGUACAGCAAAUAUAAGGAGAGAAGGCCUGAUUAUCCCAGUUCCCCGUCAAGUUUCCAACGAGGUGAAGGAGGAUUACAGGCGUUCCGUAAAAAUAUUCGUCAGCAAGCGAGAGCUCUGAUAACCUUCGCUGGUCUUCUUCCAUACCGAAUGCCAGGCGAUACAAGUGCUCGUCUAGUUCAACUGGAGGUGCUUAUGAACUGAACAAACUUCGUGAUCCUUCGUCGGAGAUCGCCGGUAACCGUUCGGAUAGUUGUCGUCUAAGGCUCGCUGAUGCCACAGGUAGCACGUACAAUGUUUUGUGUACUAAAAGUUUGUGUGUCUUUGUCCAGACGGCGUCGUCUCACUCUAAAUGAAAUGUACACAUUUUCAAAUAAUUUGGACUUGAAUUCGUUUUUUCGGCUUAGAUGUUGAUCGCAGUAUUCAUCAAAUAAUCCCUGUGUACCAUUUUUCAUCUGCAACCAUCUAGACAUUACUUAGCAAUAACUGUAUUUACUAAUAUUAUAAGAUAUUUUGAGUAUACAUACUGUGUUGCUUGUAUGAUAAGGGGUGGGUUGGGUCCAAACUUUAGUUGUUACAUUACUGAUUAUCAGCUGCCACUGAUAUCACUAUUUUUGCACAGACAUAUAGUGUUUAAUCGUUUGGCAGAUAUUUGCUGAGAUAUUUUUUCAGCUGUUAUUGAAACUAUUGUCAGAUCAAACGUUUUUUUCCAUACCCUCAAGCGAUAUCACUUCUUGUUUAAGGACGCUCGAGCAUACAUACGUGCCUCUUUUAUAAGCGUGCUUAAACUGCUUUUCCACUUACGUGUUUUUUAUACGCACGAACACGUAUGAAAAAUAUUAAAUGCUUUUCAAUUUUUAUUAUUUAAGAUCUAGAUCAAGUAAUGCAUACUAAAAUAUGCAGAAAACUAAGUUCCUUCGAUUUAUUCACUUCGUUUUUUUAAAGGUGACAUGUAUGAAGAUUUAGACUGGAAAACAGGACUGCUUUCCACUUCCGCGUUUUUUUAUUCGUGGAAAUUUCAAAUGUUUCAAAACCAAAUUUAUUAUUUAGGACAUCGGUCAACAAAUGCAUAUACUGAAAUAUGCUGCAAACAAAAUUCUGUCGAUUUAUUCACUCAUGCACCUAGCUUUUUCAAAUAUGGCAUGUAUAAGGAUUUAGACUUACGUGCGUGUAUGUGCGUAUGAGAAACGUGUCGCUGGAAAGAAGCUCUUAGAAAUAUUGGAAUUCGGCUCACAGAUGAAAUAUCGUCAUGCAACCAGAGUACAAAAAUAGACGAAAACUAGGCGAAGACUAGCAAGAACACUCCAUUUUAAUUUCCCUGCCUUUUUUCACAACUUAGAUCAAUGCUUUAUCUUGUAAGCAAUUGCCAAUUAUAUAGAAAAUGUUCGAGUGUAAAUUGUAAAAACUUUGUAGUAUUACAUUAUUCGCAUAUUUCCGUAAAAAACUCAGCUAAGAUCUUGGAAUAUUACACAUUGUGAGUCGACGACCAUGACAACCAUAUUGACUCGCAAUCCAAGAUGGCGGUCGCGUAAACUAAACGGUGUAUUUAAAGAAUUACAUAACGUUUCUAAUCUAAUGCACCUUAAUUAUACACUCUU